AAGAAACGUAGAGUACACAGAACAUUUUGGGGGUAUUUCUUUUCAUUAUUUGUUAUUAUAUAUCUCUUGCAUAUAAAUAUAGAGGCCAUAGACGUCAAGUUAAUGAUUAACUUUGUUAAUUUUCACCCAAAUGAAAAAUCUACAUCCUUACUUUUGAAGCAUACUUACUAAUACACACCUAAGUCUCUAAGUUGGAAGGAACACAAGUUAAAAGCACAGGUGUAGGAAACUGAUCACCUUCUCCUCCUCUUUCUUUCUUUCUUUCUUGAUAAAUAAAGCAAAGCAAAGUUUUUUUUUGUGUGCAGACGACGUCAAUGGGCUUUGCCUAUGUUUCUUUGGCCCAAUUGAGAUAUUAUCCAAAAAGAGAUCACAUUUGUUGUUGGUUUGAAUCGAUGGUUAAUGAUAGAAUAGAAGAGAUACAAAAAGCAUAUAUAUAUGAUGAUAAAAAUUGAUCAGUGAUGAGAUCACUCUCACUCACAUACGCGAGAUGAAUUCCGAAACUAACCCUAGUCAACCCCCUUCUCUUGCGGGGAACUCCACCCUGUUUUGGUAAAAUUACAGCUCCCCGACCCUAUCCGAAGCGCGCGCUAUAAUAAUAAAGAGAUGAUGAUGCUUCUCUCGUCGAUAAAAAAGCGGAGGAGACACAGGUUCCGUGGUUUUCUUAAGUCCGUUUCUUCAGAUCUCAUGUAAGACCGAGCCAAGCCAAGGUCGUUUCUUUUUCACAUUCUCUCUCUCUUUCUUUCUUUCUUUCUUUCUUAUAAAGCCAAAGCCCUUCCCUUAUAGCGCCAUCUUUCCCAAAAAGGACGACACAUUUCUUCUCUAUCUCUCUCUUUCUCUUGCACGAAAGAGAGAGAGAUAUAACAAAAACCACACCCCAAAACAGAAAAAAACACAAAACAAAAAAAAAACAAAACAGAAAAAGAAGAAGAACAAGAAGAAAACAUUCGAAAGGCACAAUGUUUGAUGGGCUGUUUAAACCCAAAUUCUAUACGAAAUGCAAGUCGUUGGUCAAGAUAACCAAGACAAGAGUAGACACCGUGAAGAGGAAGAAAAACUCGGUUUGCAAAUAUCUCAAGAACGACAUUGUCGAUCUUCUCAAGAACAGCCUCGAUUACAAUGCUUAUGGCAGGGCAGAAGGGCUUAUUGAGGAGAAAAGGAGGCUGGCUUGUUAUGAAUUGUUGGAGCAGUUCUGCAACUGUGUUGCAUCCAAUGUCUCUCUCUUACAGAAAUCCAAUGGGUGCCCUGGCGAGUGUCGCGUGGCCAUCUCCUCCCUUGUAUAUGCGGCCGCUAGAGUCUCUGAAGUGCCUGAGCUACGCGACCUCAGGUCUUUAUUUGCUGAGAGAUACGGGAAUACUCUUGAACAGUUUGUGAAUCCUGAGUUUGUAGAGAGAUUCAAAGCAGAGCCACCGCCAAAGGAAAUGAAAGUGGAGCUGCUGAGGGAAAUAGCCAGAGAGCACUCCAUAAAAUGGGAUGCCAAGUCUUUAGAGCAGAGGUUGUACACUGCAGCAACACCUCCUCAUACGGAAACUGAAGAAGCAAAGACAAAGAGCAACGACACAAGAACAAGCACGGAAAACAGAAUCAGCUUUUCCUCUUUGGAUGACACCAACAAGUCCAUGAGUACAAGCGAAGAAGACUCAAUGAGUACAAGCGGGAGUUGUGUAACUGGCCCUGAGGAGGAUCAAGAAACGAAACCAUUCUACUACAGAUUCAUCAUGCCGCCUGCCCCUUACAAAAUAGAAAAACAGGAAAGCCUUCCAGAGAAGAUGACCAAAUCUGACCUCAUGGCCGAGGACAAUGAUUCACCGAGAGGCGAAAAACCGAAGCCGAGAUCAGUGAGACGAAGAUUCGCAAACCCGCCCCCAGAAGAGGAAGCAUUGAAGCAGAGCAAGAACAUGAGAUCAGAGUCGAUGGAGAAAGCAAGGGGAGAUGGGAUAAGAAGGAUGAGUCUUCGAACAGCCUCGUGGCAGCUUAAGCAUUCCUCCAGUGUCCCAGAUUUUGAUGAGGUCGCCGCCCGCGUCGAUGCUCUCUCACGAAAUUGAUUUUGAUGAGGUCGCAGUCGCACGCAGCCUCAGCACUUCUUAUUAGUGAAUUAUUAGAGAAGAAAAAAUAUUAAAAUGUUUUUUUUUUGCUGCCGUCGUCAUUCGUCAGUGUGUAAGUAAAGACUUCGUCGAGCUCGUAUUCUUUUGUAAACUUAUAUAAGGAAAAAAAAAAAAAACCCUAAAAUCAUUGGAAUUGACCUAACUCCACUUUAAAUUCUUUUUUUACAUUCAUCUCUUCAUCUGCCGAUUAGAGAGAGCUAGAAUGGAGGAUUCAGAUUCAGAGAUUGAUGAGGUGAUGAGCGAGAUUCACCUCGGUUGCCCGCCGGGAACUAAGAAACCUUUUCUUUCCCGUUUCACCUUCUCCUUUGACAGUCAUCAUCUUACCGUUGAUAAAGACGGAGAUCUUCUUCUUCCUAGGCGCAACAACAGUUUCACUUUCUGAUCCGCUCACUCGUUUACUGUAACUAUUCAGCAUUCUAUCACAUCUACGCUCCCUCUUGUUGGUCUGCAGGUCUGGAAAGCACAACUUGUCUUAUCAGAAUUUGUGUUGCAUAAGACGUGCACCUCAUCUGACUUUCAUGGCAUUGUGUGUCUCGAACUCGGUGCUGGGACAGGACUACUUGGUAUUUUGCUUGCACGGGUCGCCAAGGCUGUUUUCCUUACUGGUUCUUCAUAAUACACUAUAUCCAUCUCUCUCUCUCUCUCUUUCACUUUCACAUGCUUUACUCUUCUUCAACCUGUAUCUAGCUAUCUGGUCUCAUCAGGCUUUUUCUCUUUUCAAUUCCUCCCCCUACUAUAUAGAUCAUGGAGACCAAAUUCUCUGCAACUGUGCUAACAACGUCCAUAUCAACUCAUCCUUGUUUAACCCCCAAACUGUGGUCAAUGUUCGUGAGCUCAACUGGAUGAGCGAAUGGCCUACUGAAGACAGCCAUUGCCACUGCAGAAUUCCGGAUAUGUAUUCUUGGAGCUCGCAGGACUUUGAACAAGUAAAAAAUGCCAGCUUCAUUUUCGCGGCAGAUGUGAUCUACAGCGAUGAUCUAACCAUUGCACUAUUUAGCACGUUAAAGAGGCUCAUGUCAUUCGGUUGUGACAAGGUAGCUGGAUCACUUUGAAAAGGCUUAAGCAACCAUGUUUACAUACAUAUACAGAGCAAGAAACAUCUGCACAAUGGCAGGUGCUAUAUUUGGGACUGGAGAAACGAUAUAACUUCAGCCUGGAUGAUCUCAACGUAGUUGCCAAUGGCUAUGCCUGCUUUCGAAGCUACAUCAAAGAAGAUGGACUUUGUAAGCAGGAGAAGGGGUUUUUUGUGGGCAAGCGCAUCGACGUCACACAGAUCCCUAGGUACAUGAAAGAUUACGAUAGAGGAGAAGACGUUGAGCUCUGGGAGAUCAAAUAUGUAUUUUGAUUAAUAUUACAAUGUCUGAUUUGCAUUUCAUCUGCUGUUUUAAAACAGUCCAAUGCAGAACAAAUUCGCAUUA